AGUGAGGAUAAUUGAGGAGCUGUGAAUGCAGCGGCAGCCGGGGGGAGACGGCAGACCUGAAGACCUCUUACAUCUUCUUCCUUCUCCUGCUACGAGACUUCCUGUGGCGUAUAUCGGCAGGAUAUUGAAGAAGAAAUGGUGUCAACUAAAAUGAUUACACUAAAGUUGAGACCAGUCCUCCGUUCUUUAUUCACCACGAGUCGGAGUAUGUCCAGUUCUUCUGAAACCCUACUCGAGGAGGUAGGCAAUAAGGGCGUUAUUACACUAAAUCGUCCAAAAGCUUUGAAUGCCCUGAACGUUAGCAUGAUUCGACAGAUAUACCCUAAACUACAAGAGUGGGAGACGACUAAAACCAUGGUCAUCAUUAAAGGCGCUGGAGAUAAAGCCUUUUGUGCGGGAGGUGAUGUCCGAUCCAUAGUGGAGACGGUCAAUGAUGAAAAUCCAGUCGGGGAAUAUUUCUUCCGUGAGGAGUACAAACUCAAUUGUCUCAUCGGAACACUCCACAUACCUUACAUAGCUCUCAUUGAUGGCAUCACGAUGGGUGGCGGUGUGGGUCUGUCCGUCCAUGGUCAGUACCGAGUGGCUACAGAGCGCACGCUGUUUGCCAUGCCAGAGACUGGUAUUGGGCUCUUCCCCGACGUUGGUGGCUCAUAUUUCUUGCCUCGACUAGGAGGUCGGCUUGGCAUGUACUUGGCUCUUACAGGUCAUCGGCUUAAGGGGCAUGACGUGUUGAAGGCAGGUGUGGCAACCCAUGUGUGUGACAGUUCAAGAAUUGGUGAAUUAGAAGAGUCGUUACUGAAACUUGAGUCACAUUACCCGGAGGAUAUUGCUGCAGUGCUUGAUAAAUUUAGCCAGGAAGCAUUGUUCAGCAAGAACGAGCCAUUCUCCCUCCAGCCUGUCCUUGCAAAGAUCCAGUCCUGCUUUUCUGGAAACAGUGUGGAAGAAAUUAUCUCCAACCUGGAAAAGGACAGAUCUGAGUGGGCACAGAAGCAUUUGUCAAUCCUGCACAAAAUGUCUCCCACGUCACUCAAGGUCACCUUUGAGCAAAUAGAGCGUGGUGGGCACCUAACUUUUCAGGAAUGCCUCGCAAUGGAGCAUCGAAUUGUUAGUCGGAUUUACAAGGGUCACGACUUUAAAGAAGGUGUGCGUGCAUUACUAAUUGACAAGGAUCUAAAGACCACUUGGAAUCCUGCUACCAUAGAGGAAGUGCCAACAGAGGAGACCAUUAAAUAUUACUUCUCUCCUCUAGAACCAGAAAAAGAGCUUUUGUUUUAGUGGUAAUAUCCCCCACUCAUGGACUCGGUGCUCGUCACACAUUGUCCAGACAGGGUUACUUAUCACUCGUCUUGGAUCUUACAGCAUCGGCUGCUGUAAUCUUUCCACCUUAGUCUCACAGAUAGAAACCAGGGUAAUGAUGCAGUACUAUAUAAUUCCCGUUUCCACAAACCAGUUUGCCAUAUAUGCUUAGGUAACAUUCAAUCAAAUAGGAUCUAUGUUAUAGCAUUGAUUCAGUGUAGUAUCAAUGUUGUUUUCCCAAUUUGCAUUGGAAGGGGAAAGUGGGGGGGGGGUUGCCCUCGUUUCUACCUAAGCUCGUGCAAAACUAAUAGAUUAUGCUAGUGAUCAACAUCAAAUUUUUCCAUUUGUAUUUAAAGACGAAGUUUAAUUUUGCUCAAUAGCGUUAGCCAGUAUCCUACCUUGGCAGGUUUAAUACACUUUUAGUUUCGUUUUAGUGCUGUUGGAAUUAAGGGUAGUGUACAAGUUUGUUGAUUUGUUGUAAUUUCUAAUUAUUAUAUAUUACGUAGCAAUUUUAAAUGGCGGCUUUGUGUGGUUUUUGAGUGCAUGUUUGUUUAUUCAUUUGUUUUAGACUUAACAAAUUAAUGGAGGUUGAAAUUUCUUUUUUAAUGUGGCAGCUUUUUCAGUCAGUUAUUGUUAAGAAAUAUGGCACAAACUGAGCUUCAGCCACAAAUCCAACAUGAUUCCACUCUAGCUACCGGUGUGGGUUAAAGAUUUCCUAAGGCUUUUUUUUUAUAAUUAUAGAUGCAGUUAAACACACAGAGAUCACACUAACGUGAUGCAUCAAAUGAGUAGAACUUCGGUUUCAACCCUUUUACCCUGUCGUAGCUCAGUCGAUUAAGGCAGUGUCUGGGAUGCUCCCGGACGCAGUUUCAAAUCCUCGUCACGGCCCUUGUGGAUUUGUUCAUGCAGUUAAAGUGUAAAUAUUUGUGUUAUCUUGCUGUAGGACUUCUUUCAUAUGAUUCCUUUGAGUCAUACAUCCCCCAAUAAAAUCCUCGACGAAUCUGAUUCCUUUGACACCACUCAUCUUAUGUAUAUUUUCUUCCAUAAUGCAAGCCGAGUGAUAUCUAGGAAUUUUUAAAUUUUCCAGUGAUGUAGAUGGAAUUGCACGAUCUUCCCGGCUUGGUGCCUUGUUUUGAUUAUUAUUUACUUGCUAUAAGCUCAAGUGUAAGUUCAUGUUUAGGUAGAAAUGGAACAAGGCUGUUAAGUGAACAUGUUGAUGUUUCUGAAAUUUAUUAAGAGUGCUGGUUGAGAAUUACUUUUUAUAAUGACAGAAUCAUUUAUUAGUGAAGUAAUGCAUUCUCUUGUAUGUCAACUGCAUAUCCUGUUUAUUAGAAAAUUCUCUCUGAGGUUAAUAUCAUAAGGAUGGAACCCUGUGAACACAAGAUUAAAUAUAUAACUAUAUUUUGAAA